AUGGCUUCUAAUCCGCGAAGAAUAAUGCCUGGAGCACCAUGCUUGGAAUGUCGACGGCGAAAGAUUGGAUGCAACCGCUCUCGUCCUUGCUCAUACUGUGUCAAAACCAAAAUCCAAUGCAUCUACCCAGCACCAACUGUAGCUCCAAGCACAGACGGCACAGACAAGACCGAGUACGUGCAACGGAGAGUUGACGGUGUUGAAGAACGGUUAAGCGUUCUUGAGCGACAUAUGAACGAGAUCAAACAGCUCGUGAUGGACAGGAAUUCCCCUUCACGCGGUCUACAGGAUGCAAACAGGCCAGUGUCUGAAGCUGUAGCAGUAGCCACGCAUGAAACGGCAUUGUCAAGUCAAGCGACACAAUCAAUAAUUACUAUUGAGCCAGCGCAAGAGAGCAAUGAAAUAUUUUCCCCCAUGACUCUCGUAGCAAUGUGGCAGACAUAUCUGGAGAGAGUAGACCCGUUGCUCAAGCUAAUCCAUGUGCCUUCUACACAAAAGAUAGUCAUGCAGGCAUGCAAAGACAUAAAGAUUGCAAACCCGAAUACAGUUUGCUUGACAUAUGCAAUUGCUUACGCCGCAAUCGUGAGCAUGUCACCAAUGGAAUGCAUCUCGGACCUUCAACAUAAUCCUCAGGGGCCUAACGUCCACGGCCUUAUUGGCAUGGCAAUCGGAAUAGCCAUUAAGAUGCACCUAAAUCGCGACGGCGAUAAGUCAGAUAUUUCAACUUUUGAAGCUGAAAUGCGUAGACGGCUCUGGUGGCAUAUUCUUACCUUGGACGUUCUGGCUGCUCAAGAUAAGAGCACGGACCCAUGUGUUUUGGGAAGCUCGUUCAACACAAGGACGCCAUCCAAUGUUAGCGACAGCCAGCUCGACCCAGAUAUGAGCAGGCCACCAGCAGACAGACCUGAAAACACUGAAAUGACGUUCACUUUGUGCAAUUUUACUGUCACUUUCUACUCGCGACAAUUGAUGUUUUCAAGUGACUUUUGUCACGAAAACCCAUAUCCAAUACUGUCGGUUCAAGAAAAGUGCGACGCAAUUCGCAUACUGGAAAAGCAGAUUGAGGUUCAGUAUCUGCAGUAUUUUGAUGAAUCAGUACCAUUGCAGAGAAUUACGAUGCUGGCUACGAGACUUAAUUUGCUGAAGAUGAAACUUUCCGUGAAUGGUCAAUCUUCCAAAGAAUCAGGUUCCAGAUACGACCAGCAAUUCAUCCAAGAUUGUGCACUUUAUACGGACUAUGUCUCUUCUAUGAAGAAUUGUCAAAAAAGCUCAUAUUUCAUGUGGUUUUUCGACAAUCUGCUGAAUUGGUCCGUGUGA